CCUCCCCUAGUACCCUCCCGCCCUCUUCCUCCCAACCGCCCGCCCUCCCGCUCCUCAUUCCCCGAUCGACUCCAACCAACCGUCGGCGUAGCCCAUGGGGAUCACGGAGGAGCAGCGGCGCCGCGCCGAGGCGAAUCGCCUCGCGGCCCUCGAGAAGCGCAAGCGCUUGGCCGAAGCCGCAGCGGCGGCGUCGGCUGCCACCGCCUCUACCUCCUACACCACCGCCUUCCCCGCCUCCGGCACGCCCACAUACCCAGCCUACGACGCUGCCGCCGAGUGGAGGCUCGCCAAGUGCCCAAGAAUCGCCCAGCCCGCGCCCCAGCAUCGAUCUGCACUGCUGCCCCCGCGUCCUUCUCCACCGCCGCCGCCGCCGACUCCGCCUCAGCCGCCGGUAGGGUUCAAGGUGGUUCUUGAGGUGUGCAGCCCCGACGAGUUCUUGGUUGCGGUGGGGCCGGCGGAAGGCAAGGCCUACCCUGGGGAGGCCAACUGCCUCGGCGCCGUCCAGGACUGCCUCUCUGCGGCUUGGGUUGUACAAUACUCUGCAACACAGUCGCAAAGUCAAAGUGGUCACCUUCGACCUGUAUAUAAGCUCGUGGACUAUGAUGUGGUGUCGAAAUGCCUGAAGAAAUUGCCUGGAGCUGUUGUGGAAGAUAUACCUUAUAACACAAGGAGAUUUAUUCAGAAUAUCCCGAUGUUUGCUGGCCAAAAAUGGGCUUCUGAUAAAGAAGUAGACGAGCUUCUCAAGAAGCUGCCACAGCAAGUAAAAGAUGCUCUUUUACCCUUCCAACUUGAAGGCGUGAGAUUUGGGCUUCGAAGGCGGGGACGCUGCCUAAUCGCAGAUGAGAUGGGGCUCGGCAAGACUCUCCAGGCAAUUGCAAUAGCAUGCUGCUUCAAGGAUGAGGGUUCUAUAUUAAUAGUGUGUCCAGCCGUAUUGCGUUAUACUUGGGCAGAGGAAUUGGAGCGUUGGGAUCCUUCAUUUAUGCCAAAAGAUAUUCAUCUUGUAUUUGGUCGUCAAGACAGUCUUGAAUAUCUAAGUGCUACUCCAAGGGCAGUGAUUAUUUCAUACCAGAUGCUAAGUCGCCUUAGGGAAAGUAUGGCGAAUAGAACGUGGGCACUGAUGAUAGUUGAUGAGUCACACAAUAUACGCUGCACGAAGAAUAAAGAAGAAAAAUAUGAGACAAGAGCUGUGCUUCAUCUAGCUUCAAAAAUUGAUCGCAUCGUAUUGCUCUCGGGGACACCCUCUCUGUCAAGACCUUUUGAUAUCUACCACCAGAUAAACAUGUUAUGGCCCCGUAUGCUUGGCAAUAAUAAAUUUGAUUAUGCGAAGAAAUAUUGCUUAACGCAAGUUGCUCGAAGUUAUCAGGGAAAAUUGUUUAAGGAUUACUCUAAGGGUACGCGGUUGACAGAGUUAAAUGUUGUGCUCAGUCAGACAGUCAUGAUUAGGCGACUGAAAGAGCACUUGUUGAAUGAACUGCCCCCCAAACGGCGACAAAUUAUUAGGUUGAAGCUAAAGGCACCAGAUAUCAGGACAGCCACAUCUUCAUCGAUCAAAGACAUGAACUCUAUCAGCUGUAAUGGAACUCUUGCAGUUGACUUGCCCAGCAAAAGCAAUGAUGAAAGCAAAAUCAGUGAUGAUGAAAAUACAAAAGAUGAAGAAGAUAAUGGUUGCAAGAAAUCACCAAGGCAUCUCACCCCACAAGAGAUUGGUAUUGCAAAAUUAUCUGGGUUCAGUGAAUGGUUCUCAAAUCAUUUCAUCAUGAAUGGAUUGGGUGCUAAUCACAACCUGGAUCCCCAGUCUAGUUGCCAGAAAACAAUAAUAUUUGCACAUCAUUUAAAGGUUCUAGAUGGAAUACAGGUGUUUGUCUCUGAGAACGGGAUCAAGUUUGUUCGCAUUGAUGGAAGCACACUUCAAAGGGAAAGGAAAGAAGCUGUUGAUUCUUUCCGUCUGGAUCCGGAGGUGAAGGUUGUAAUAAUUGGAAUUACUGCUGGCGGUGUUGGCUUAGACUUCUCAUCUGCUCAGAAUGUUGUUUUCGUGGAGCUCCCAAAAUCAGCUUCGGAAUUGCUUCAGGCCGAGGAUAGAGCUCAUAGACGUGGCCAAACUAAUGCGGUCAACAUAUAUAUAUUCUGCGCAAAGAACACAUCGGAUGAAUCACACUGGCUCCAAUUAAAUCAGAGUCUGUUCCGUGUCUCAUCUUUGAUGAAUGGAAAAAAGGAUGCUAUAAGAGAGAUCGAGGUUGAUCAGGUGUGCCAUCUUGAGGAAAUCAGGAACACUGAGAAAAUAGAAUGCAAACUUCAUCCUUUGGAGAAUCAUAAUACAGAAAGUGAUGAUAUUUCUAUUGAAUGUUUUCCUGGCAUUGAAGAUUUGGAACUUGACUCAGAUUUCACUAUUAGGACAAUUCCUCUUGAAUUUGAGGAUGAAAGCCUUGGGACAUCCUUGAAAAAUAAUCCAACUCCAACAGUACUUGAAGAUAGAUCUUGCAUUGAUGUUUCUCUUUCGCCAGCUGCAGCCUUUUGCACUGCAAUAUCAAGUUGUAAAUCAAUUAAGGCUCGUAGGAGGCUUUCUGGAAAUUCGGGGACCUUAAGUCAGACUGCACCUAUUUCAGAUUUUCCAAUUCAAGUGGAGUCUCUGCGUUUUGAGGUUAGCCGGCAUACAGGCCGAAUCCACUUGUACAGUUGUGUUCCAGGGCAUGAUUCAAGACCCAAACCACUUUUUGAAAAUUUUCUACAAGAAGAAUUGAAUUCACCUUUAUGUUCUUCCAGUGAUGUUAAAUCAAGGACUCUGCUCUUGAAAAAGAUUCCUGCUUUUUGCAAUGUUUUCAAGGCAUUCAUCAAAGAGUGGUUGGCACUAAGACCAAUUGAUCAGAGUAGACUGCUUGGAAAGCCAUUACAACUUCCCUUAAGCCUUGAGUUGUGUUUUCUGAAAGAAAGCGUCAACCAUAGCACAGAAGGAUUACUUAAAGGGGGAAGCAAGAGGCGUGCCACACCAUUGAAUGAUGUCAGUAAUCCUUUGCCAGAAAAUGCAGAAUGGAGGCAGGUGGUGUUGCGUAAUGGCACCACUAAAGAGAGACAGUACACUCAAGGCUGGAGUAUUGAUGGUGAACCUCUGUGCAAACUUUGUCAAGGACUCUGCAAUGGAAAGCUUGCAAAGUCGCCAGAAUAUUUUGAAGAUCUAUUCUGUGGUCUGGCUUGUUUCCAGGAAUACAGGUUAAGAACCAGUGGCAGGGCCCUGCGGCAGGCACUAUUUCAAUUAGAGCGUGGUAAGUGUGCCCAGUGCAAGCUUGAUUGUUGCAAGCUUGUCAAACACAUUAAGCCCUUGCCCAUGGAAAAGCGAGAAGAAUACAUCCAAAAGGCUGCUCCAAACAUUGCAAGUAGAAAGAAACUGCUGGAUAAGCUUGUCCGCGAGCCAACUGAUGGAAAUGCUUGGCAUGCAGAUCACAUAAUACCUGUUUAUAAAGGAGGAGGGGAAUGUAAACUUGAGAACAUGAGAACACUAUGUGUGGCUUGUCAUUAUGAGGUCACCAGAGCUCAGCACAAGGAACUAAAGGAAAUAAGAAAGAAGGCUAAAGAGCACCUGAAAAAUGCCUUGAAUCAACAAAACGAUAAAGCAAGUGAGGCGACAGAAGAAAUAGAUGAUAGCUUUUUGCUGGUUACCGUCCCUGGCAGUGCCUACUCCAUAGGAGAUGGGGUCACUGGCAAUGCUCACGAAAGAGUUGCAGAAUAGGGGUUGGUCUUUUACAUGUUCCUAGGUCAUUCUUUACAAAGGGUGCAGGUCAAUUACUGCACGUCCUUUUUGUGAAUGUUUGUCCAAGGUAACUUGGCAUGUGUUGUACUUUUGUAUGUAUUUCACUCGACUACUAUCUGUUUCCAUCUUUAGUAAGGACUUCGUUGUCAAGUGAAGAAUAUUGCUCAAAUUAUGUAGCAGUUUCAACAGGGUAAUGGAUUCAACAUUUACUUUUCUUCUU